AUGAGUGCCUCAGCACUUUUGAAGAGCCGUGUCCGCCGGCCUUCGUACUUGAAGAAGCUUGCCAAAGCUGAGGAUCUCCUCCACCACUUCCCCAAUGGCGCAUAUAUUGGCUGGUCCGGAUUCACCGGCGUUGGAUACCCCAAGAUGGUUCCAGUUGCCAUGGCCGACCAUGUCGAAAAGAACGGCCUGCAGGGUCAGCUGAAGUACAAUUUGUUCGUCGGUGCCUCUUCCGGCGCCGAGACGGAGAACCGUUGGGCACGAUUGAACAUGAUUGAGCGACGCAGUCCCCAUCAGGUCGGAAAGGAAAUCGCCAAGGGAAUCAACAGUGGUCAAAUCAAAUUCUUUGAUAAGCAUCUGAGCAUGUUUCCCUCGGAUCUGGUCUAUGGAUGGUACACUUUGAACAAACCAGAGCCCAGGAUCGAUGUGGCUGUCAUUGAAGCUUCAGCCAUCACCGAAAACGGAGGCAUCAUCCCCGGUGCCUCCGUGGGUGCUUCACCCGAGCUCGUCCAGAUGGCCGACAAGGUCAUCAUCGAAGUCAACACUUCCAGCCCCUCCUUCGAGGGUCUGCACGAUAUCGUAGGCUCCGACCUACCCCCAGGCCGCAAGCCCUACCUCAUCAUGGCACCGGAGGACCGCAUCGGAACUUCCUACAUCCCCGUUGACCCGGAGAAGGUUGUCGCCAUCGUCGAGUCCAACUAUCCCGACCAGACGCAGCCUAACGCCCCAGAGGACGAAGGCUCCCAAGCAAUUGCCACCAACCUAAUCGAAUUCCUCAAGCACGAAGUCAAGCACGGCCGCCUCCCACCCAACCUCCUCCCCAUCCAAUCCGGUAUCGGCAACAUCGCCAACGCCGUCGUCGGCGGACUCAGCAAAGGCGGCGCCGACUUCAAAAACCUCAAAGUCUGGACCGAAGUCCUGCAGGACUCCUUCCUGGACCUCUUCGACAGCGGCAACCUAGACUUCGCAACUGCAACCUCCAUCCGCUUCUCCCCAGACGGCUUCAAGCGCUUCUACGACAACUGGGAACAAUACGCCGGCAAGCUCCUCCUCCGGUCCCAGCAAGUCUCCAACUCCCCGGAAAUCAUCCGCCGACUCGGCUGCAUCGGUAUGAACACCCCCGUCGAAGUUGAUAUCUACGCGCACGCAAACUCAACCUGCGUGAUGGGCUCGCGGAUGCUGAACGGACUCGGCGGAUCCGCGGAUUUCCUCCGAAACUCCAAAUACAGCAUCAUGCACACGCCCAGUGUUCGGCCGUCCAAGACUGACCCCACGGGUGUGAGUUGUAUUGUGCCAUUCGCUACGCACAUCGAUCAGACGGAGCACGAUCUCGAUGUUAUCGUUACCGAGCAGGGUCUUGCGGAUGUGCGUGGAUUGUCGCCCAGAGAGCGCGCCAGGGUUAUUAUUAAGAAGUGCUCGCACCCUGAUUAUUACCCUAUCCUCACGGAUUAUCUUGAUCGGGCGGAGUUCGAGUGUCUGCGCAAGGGUAUGGGCCAUGAGCCGCACAUGUUGUUCCAGGCUUUCAAGAUGCACCAGAACUUGCAGGAGAAGGGCACUAUGAAGAUUGAUUCUUGGGAGUAG